AGCAAGUGUGCUUCUCUUUUUCAUCCCCUUGUUUCGCGCUACUCUCACAACUCGAAUUAUUCAAAUGGAAUUUCACGGUGUUUAACGAAUAAAUUUUGCAGUAAAAUAAACAUGUAAAACCCUCAUUUGAAUUGCGUUUGAGAGAAAGAUGAAAAAAUGUGAACAUGUUAUGUUAGAAAAAUGGCAUUGGUGGAUAAUUAAGUGAGUUGAUAAUUAUUUCUUAAUGUUUGUGAAUGUUUAUUGAAAUAAAUGCAACCUAAGGAACGCAAGUUGGCGAAAAAUAUUGUAAUAAAUCUGAUUAUAGAAUGAUUUUAUUGAGUUAUAAUGAGGAAAUUUAGAGUAUCAAUGAAAGAAUUGAAGUGGGAAACGUUUCUAAGAUGAUUUUCUGGUAGAGUUCGAUGUUACUCGCGUGACUAGAUUCUACUAUUGUGGUUCUGUUGAGUGGUGAACAAAAAAUAAAAACUACUAUAAUUCAUAAAGUUGCUUGAACUUGGAUAGCUUCGUCAAGCUUUUAUCUGUGAGUGUUAGUAUAGUGUUUUCCAGCACAGUCAUUAAUUAACCAACAUCAUUUUUUUGUUAUCUUCUUUCUCUUUGGUUAUUUUAUUUAUAAUAAUUAUUUUUGGUACUGAGUCCAGAAAUCUACGAUAGAUAACAAGACUUCUCAAGUACGAGAGGUGGGAAGAAUGAAGAUGUUGCUGAUAAUGAGCGUUCUUGCACUCGUUGAUGCAGAAAAUAUCAUCGGCAACGUUGAUGAACCUAUUCCACUUCAGCAAGUAAUUGGAGUAGCAGGCCACAAAACACGUUUACCAUGCAACAUUAGUCUACCUCAUAGAAGUGAUAUAGUAGUGACGAUCCUGUGGUAUCGUGAAACGAUCGAGAGACAUCCGAUUUUCAGCGUGGACGCUCGUGGCAGCGGGCUUCAACAUGGUGCGAGGCAUUGGUCAGACCAAGAAUGGUUCGGUGAUCGAGCAAGCAUGAGGGUAGACACGGAGUUGGUUGAGCUUGAGGUCGAUCCUUUGAUCUCAACAGAUGCUGGAGUGUACAAGUGUCGAGUUGACUUUCGAGAUAGUCCAACGAAAAAUCAAAAAAUCAAUUUAACUGUUAUCGUUCCGCCUCAAAAACCAUCGAUAUUUGUUGGACAAGAAAGGAUAUAUACAAAGACACUUCAGCCUAUAAAUGAGGAUAGCACACUAACGUUAGUGUGUGAAGUAAUAGGAGGAUCUCCUCCUCCACGAGUUAGUUGGUACUUGAGUGACAAGAUGUUGGAAGAUUCUUACAAAAGAGAAAAUGAUGAUACUACUAUCAGUAGGCUAGACAUUGAAAGAGUAACAAGAAGUUUUAUGAAAUCAAAAUUGACUUGUCGAGCUUCUAAUACUCACCUGAUACCUCCAGUAAAUGAGAGCAUUAUUUUAGAUAUGAAUUUGAAACCUUUGGAGGUUAAUAUAACAAAUAAAAGUAAUUACGUUUCUGCUCUUCAAUUAUACGAAAUCGAGUGUAUAACAUCAGGAUCUAAACCGGAAGCCGUAAUUACUUGGUGGAAGGGCUCGCAUCAAGUCAAACAUAUGGCCAAGAAAUUUGCGGAUACUCCUAACGUUACCAGAAGUGUUUUAAGUUAUGCGGCAAUUAUUGAGGACGAUGGAAAAUAUCUUAUGUGUCGAGCAGAAAAUCCAUUGGUUCCUGAUAGUGCUGUUGAGGAUAAAUGGAAGCUUAUUGUACAUUAUGUUCCAGUUGUGUCAAUUAAAUUAGGAUCAAGUCUACGUGCUAAUGAUAUAAAUGAGGGUGAUGAUGUCUAUUUUGAAUGUGAAGUAAAAGCAAAUCCAAAAGCAUAUAAAUUAAGUUGGUAUAAAGAUGGAAAGGAACUUCAUCAGAAUGUGAGUGCGGGAAUAAUAUUACCAGGAGGACAAUCGUUGGUACUUCAAAGUGUCAGUCGGGCCUCAGCUGGAGAGUAUGCAUGCACAGCUGUCAAUUCUGAAGGAAGUGCUACCAGCAAACCAGUCACUCUAGAAAUAAUGUAUGCUCCAAUAUGUAAAGAUGGUUCACUAGCUCAAGUUGUGGGUGCCUUGAAACACGAGACAAUAUCACUGGUAUGCGGUGUUCAAGCUAAACCACCACCUGAAUCGUUUCAUUGGACGUUUAAUAACUCUGGCGAGUUAAUGUCCAUGCCGCCAGAUCGUUUCGGUCCAGUCAAGCCAUUGAAACGUAUUACGAACCAAUGGCAUGGCUCAAGACUAAACUAUACGCUCGAUUCUGAUACUGACUAUGGAACAGUAUCCUGCUGGGCCCGAAAUAGGAUAGGUGUGCAAAGGACACCGUGUCUCUUUCAGAUAAUUGUCGCUGGAAGGCCUUAUCCUCUGCAAAAUUGUUCAGCAGCUCAGUCAACUAGUCCUUAUGGCUAUCAUACUAGUUCAGAAAACUUGAAAUCAGUUGAUCCAGGAGACACUGAAUGGUUGAUAGUUCGAUGUUUCGAAGGCUUCGAUGGAGGUUUACCACUUACAAGUUAUGAACUAGAAGUUUAUAAUGAAGAGAAUGUACAUCAUAUAAGCACAAUCUAUUUGAAUCGUAGUGAAAAGAUAUUGACUUCACAACAGGGUCCAGUCUUUGAUGUUCCUAAUCUAGAACCUGGUCGAAAUUAUAGAUUAUUGCUUUAUGCAGUAAAUGCCAAAGGGAAAAGUGAUCCUGUAGUUUUGGAAUCAAUUACGUUAAAAGGAGUAGCCAUGUACACAACUGGUCGGGGCUCGGAUAAAACGGAUGACUACAGUUUGCUGGUUGCUUGUUUUGCUGGUGGUAUAACAGCAGUUUGUAUUUUAGUGGUAGGAAUUACUCUCACUUUAUACCGUCGUAAUCAUCCAAUGCCUCCAAUCAAAACUCAAACACAUGUAGUGCAUUGUGAAGACAAAGACAAUCAUGGCAAUCAAACGUUGUCGACAUUUGGCAAAGAUGUCGAAUGUAAGAGUGUUAAAGAUGUUUCUAAGCCUAUAUCUCAUCUAACAAAGGAUAUUAAAAAAGGCAUUCUAGAAACAGAUGAAAAUCCUGAUUUAAUACCAAAUAAAUUAGAAAAACGACCAGAGAUUCGUUUCAAUGCCACCUACUCACUAAAAGCAGAAGAAACAAAAGAUUUUGAUGAUCAUUUGGAAGAUCUUGAUUAUCCAUCUCCAGCAACUGUGCUUCAUGGUAAAGAUACGUGGAUUUAUCCUAAUAGUUACGUUGAUCGAUCUGAUGUGAUAAAUCCCACCCGCCCAAGUACUUUGCCAGUGCAUCGUGUUCAUGACAUUUAUACAAAAAGUUUACGUGUUCAAGAAAGUUGUAUAUAAUGGAAAAAGAGAAA